AUGGAGGAAGUAGUUUUUAAUGAUAUUUUUGUUAAAGUAACGUUUUGCAGGACCCCGACGGACGCUGCCAAAAUCCACUCUGUCAGAAUUUGAGGGAAAAUGCUAAGUCAUUGGCGGCUAAUUUGCGAAAACAGAACGAGUGUGAUGAAGAGCUCAGAGCGAUAAAACAGGUUUUCAAAGUUUUUUUGUGAGUGUUUUACAAUAUUUUUUUCAGGAAAACAAAAAAAUCUGAAAGUAAAAGUGACUUCUUUGGAUCAGAUCACCCGGGAGCAGACGAAUAAGUUGUUGGGGGAGCAGAAUCUCAUCAAAAAAUUUGAGGCCGAUGCAGCUUUGGUUUGCUUUUUUUUCUCACUAAAGCCAGUUUAUGAAAAUGAUAACUUUUCCUGUAAUAUUGAGUUUCUAGAAACUCACUUUUAAUUUAUCAAUUAGACCUUUUUUAAGAUACUUGAGCAUUAUUUUUGAUUUUUUUUAUUUUGUAACGGUCAUUUCUGUCUUUUUCAUUUCAGCUUUGUUAUGGACAUCUUCGAAAAAAGACUACACGUUUUCUGAGAAUUUCCUUUUUUUGACCGUUUUCAGCUCUUUCUCGUUGUUCCAUUCACCUUUUCAGUGCGCUUCAAGAGCCUGUUCAGAAGUAUUAAUUUUAUUAUAAAUCCAAAAAAAGAUAAUUCGUUUUUUUGAAAAAGUUAAAAAUUGCGAUUCCAACUCAGAUGACUUUUUUUCAGGUAUUUUUUUAAAAAUUUUUUUGCUUGUCACGAGAAAAAAAGCUUCAAGAGUAUGAUGAAAUUACUCUAAAUCCAACAUCUACUUAGAAUCUCUCCUUUUCAGCGUUCAGCGUUAUAAGAAUUGUUUGAAAAAAAGGAGUCAUACCCUUCUUCAGAAAGAAUAUUGAACUUGUUGUCCCUUUUUUUCUUGAAAAUUUCCGACUUUUUUUUUGUUGAUAAGUGGAUUUUUUUAAUGUCUCACUAUUCAGAUGCAAUCCGAGUUGAAGCAAUGGAAGGAGAAAGCAGAAGUCUUCAGGAAACACGCAGAGGAAGCUAAUGUGAUUUCAUGAUCUUCUCUUAUUUUCUAAAUAAUUUUCAUUUUCAGAACAGCAUCGCCAAGGCGAACGAGAUCCGGCAAAAGUACGACACACUUCUACAGUAUGCCGAGAAACUCGACGUCAACCGCAGUGAUAUCAAGAAAAAGUACAUGACAAGUGUCACGAUCGCCCAGGAUAGUCAGAAAAGGUACUUUUUUUGGAGAGGCUCACAAGGGAGGUCAUUUUAGUUUGUGUCUGGGAAUUUCCUCAAAAUUGGCCAGAAAGAUUGUUGAUGUACUAGAAAAAGAUCCUGGAAGUCUUGACCUGCAGACAUUUUCAGUUCAGAGUUGAAGAAACCGUCAAAGUUCGUUGAAAUAGGCUGUUUUAAAGCUUUGAAUAUUAUCUUCGCAAAAAUUAAAAAAUUAAUGAAGUGGAUACUUCCAGAAUCUUUUUCUCGUAUAUCAAGGAGAAUUUCGGCCGAAUUUUAGGAAACUCCCAACUGCAAAUAAAAUCAUCUUUUUUGUUGGGAGAUUGUUCAGAUAUUUUUUCUUUGGAUAUGCUGUUGAGAAUAAAAAUCUGAAUUUAAAAAUUUUUUCAGAGCAGCGGAGCUCGAAAAGCGUCUUCAAACGUCGAAAUAUCACGCGGAGAACCUUCGAAACGAGCUGAAAGGCUUUAAAAAAUACGCGCCUCAAGUGAUGAGGCUCGUCGACGCGCUGGGUAGGGUUUUGAAUCACUUAACUGCAGAUUUUUUUCAUUUAAAGUUGCUUGUAGGCUUUUUGGGGGCAAUCAAAACGAGUAAAAUUUAUUAAAAUAUGAAAAGGUCCCUUGAAAGGCUUUUUCUGAAGCUGUUUUUAAGGUCUGUAAUAGAAAACAUUUUUAGAAAUACGGAUUUUUAGAGGUCUCAAAAAUGACCAGAAAGGUUAUGAAAAAAAUUGGCCUUGAGUGGCUUUUUUUGGAGGGAAUUUAGAAUUUUUAGUAGAUUUUUAAAUAGGGUUUUUUUGAAUGUGCCCUAAAGAAAAAUUAUUGAAAAGCCAAUAAAAUGGUAUGAAAAUGGUCUUCUUUUUUUUAAUGCUUCAGUAUUUCUUUAGUUUGAAAUUCCCUACGUAUUAUCGAAAACUGCGCUCAUUACCAACUACACUAUUUUCAGCGCAAUCGAAAAGCUUCCAAGAUUUGCCGUCGAAUCUCAAAAACGACAUUGAAAUUUUCCGACGGGGCGAUGCUCGAAUCGUUUUCGGAUCCCCUGUUGGAACUUCGAUAGACGAUUCGAAUCCGGUUGUACCGGAAGACGUAGAAGAAUCGACCUCGGUGCCGUCUCAGUUUUCCAGCUCUUCGGCUUAUGAUUUAAAUGGUUUCCCUUUUUUUUCAUAUCAGAAAUACCUAAUAAUCUAUUUUUUGUAGGUUUGGGCUUGUCUCUGAGCGACGAUGAAGACGUGACGCCGACAGCGUCUCUUUCGAAAACAGCCUGA